AUGCAAACCAGACCGCUCUCCAACGACCCCUCCACAACCAAGCUUCAUCAUGACCCCGCCAUGUCCGCACCACAAAUACCCAACCUGAACACUCUCCGUCGCGGAGCCGGUCGCGGCCGCUUACGAGGUCGAGGAGGCGGACACGAGGGUCCUGGAUCUACUUCUCGCGGUCAGAAAGACCGGGUCGUGCAGGGAACGGAUAAUGACGCCAGCGUCUCCCGGCUGAGCGCAGUGGGGUUGGGGUAUCUUGAGGAUCCCUUUGCCAGGGUGUUGACGCCGUUAGGACAAGAGACAAGGAGGUUGCCAAUUAUCAAUCGCGGGACCUAUGUGCGCACGACGGCGAUCGAUGAACUUGUUGCGAGGUUUCUGGGAUUGACGGCAGAAUCAGACUCGGCAUGGAAGCAAAAGAAGAAACAGAUCAUUUCGCUUGGUGCUGGCUCUGACACGCGUGUCUUUCGACUUCUGCAAUCAGACCCAACGCCGGAUGUUGUCUACCAUGAAAUCGAUUUUGCGGUCAACAAUGCAGCGAAAAUAAAGGCUAUUCGGGGAACGCCUAUCCUACAGCGGGUUUUCGGACAUUAUGAAGAUGUCACAAUAUCUGAGGCGGGGGAUGCGCUGCACUCUCCCGUCUAUCAUAUCCAUCCGAUCGAUCUUCGAACGCUCGCGCAGCAGUCGGAAAGCAGCGCGAACGAUGAAUCAGUGACCCGACUACGAGACACGGUGGAUACGACACUCCCAACGCUAAUACUGUCCGAGUGCUGCCUGGUGUAUCUGUCCCCUGACGAAGCCGCGGGUGUCGUGCGCUACUUGACCCAAACUUUGUUUCCGCCAUCGGGCGGCAAGUCAGCAACCCUCGGUCUUGUGCUCUACGAACCGAUUCGACCUGACGACGCGUUCGGACGGACAAUGGUAGCCAACCUUGCGACGCGCGGGAUCCAACUCCAGACACUGCACAAGUAUGCGUCGUUGGAGGCGCAGCGGAGGCGGCUCUGUCAGCAGGGGUUUGAUACGGGCCAGGCGGCUGCGGAUGUGGAUUUUCUGUGGGAACGGUGGGUUAACGAGGAGGAGAAGGAGCGGGUUGCUGGGCUUGAGAUGCUUGAUGAGAUGGAAGAAUGGAAGCUGCUCGCGCAGCACUAUUGUGUUGCCUGGGGUUGGCGGGAAGGGAGUGUUCAAUUUGACGGAUGGAAUGACCUGGAGGGACAGUCAUCGGAAGGCUGA